CUGUACUGUGCGAGGUCACGAGAGAACGCGGACGAGAGGCCGAUUCGAUAAGGGAGCGAAUCAAACGAGGGCAUUUGCGACUUCAUCCCCGCAAACCACCAUCAUCCCUUUCCUCUCUCCUUCGCCACUGUAGUAGCAACCAUGUCGAAGCCUGGCGACUUUGAAGCGGUCCGAAAGGACAUUGUGGGCAUCCUCAAGCAGAAGCCCUACGACGACGGCUCGAUCGGCCCCGUGCUCGUGCGCCUGGCGUGGCACGCCAGCGGGACAUACUGCAAGGACAGCGACACCGGCGGCUCCAACGGCGCGGGUAUGCGCUACGAGGCCGAGGGUGGCGACCCGGCCAACGCAGGCCUCCAGCACGCCCGCGUCUUCCUCGAGCCCAUCAAGGAGAAGCACUCUUGGAUCACCUACAGCGACUUGUGGACGCUCGCAGGUGUCGUCGCCAUCAAGGCCAUGGGCGGGCCCGACAUCGCCUGGAAGGCCGGCCGUAGUGACUUUGCCGACGAGACCCUGCUCCCACCACGUGGUCGACUCCCCGACGGCUCCCAGGCCCAGGACCACCUCCGCCACAUCUUCUACCGCAUGGGCUUCAACGACCAGGAGAUUGUCGCCCUCUCGGGUGCGCACAACCUCGGUCGGUGCCACGCGGACCGGUCCGGCUUCGAGGGCGCGUGGGUCAACAACCCGACGCGGUUCAGCAACCAGUACUUUAAGCUGCUGCUCAAGCUCAAGUGGGAGAAGAAGCAGCUCAACCGCGACGGUGCGCCGUGGCAGUGGGUCGCCCGCUCCGCCGGCAUGGACGACGACGACGAGCCGCUGAUGAUGCUCCCGACCGACUUUAGCCUGACCCAGGACGCCGAGUUCCGGCCGUGGGUGGAAAAGUACGCAGAGGACCAGGAGCUGUUCUUCCGCGAUUUCAGCAACGUCUUUGCCAAGCUCAUCGAGCUCGGCGUCUACCGCGACGAGGACGGCAUCGCCCGCUUCUCGCACCUCGAAAAGGGCAAGGCCGAGUACCGGAGCGCGCCCCAGAAGAGCGCCACGCCCCAGGGCCCCGGCGCCGGCAAGGACGGCGAGGCGAGCAAGGCCGCCGAGGAGAACAAGACGGGCGUGCCCGCCAUGCGCGCCAAGCUCUGAUCUCCCUGUCUCACAUAUAGAUUCCUAUACACCAAAUAGAUUCCGUAGCA